AUGUCAACCCCAGCCCGUAAACCCAGAAAGGAAACCGAAAACUACAAUUCCUCCAGAGCUCCUUCACAUCUUCAGUGUCAGCUCGAAGUCUUUGAGUGCUGAUUUUGGAGACGUUUUCUCCCGACAGGUGGAUCAAAAAUUUUUGAACGCAAAAACAUGAGCAAGGAAAAGGAAACUUCAUCACACUGA